AUGAUCUCCCGCCAAAGAGUUCUGCUGAAAACCAAGACAGCGCUUCAGAGUGGAGAGCACCGCCCCGCUCCGACCCCGCCCCCGGCCCGGACACGCCCCGCCCGGCAUCCAGGACACGCCCUCCCCGCCCUUUGCUCCUCCCCUUGUCCCUCCCCUUUCCCCUCCCCCGGGGUCGUCCUCCGCGCCACCCCACCCCCGCGGCUCCUUUUUCUGCCUUUUCCUUUGUACCCUCACUGCUACCAGCUCCUUCUGGCGACCCCCAGGUACCCCCUCCCACCUUUCGUUUCUCUCUGGGUCAGCAGACCACGUAUGUAUCCAGAGGCGCUACCUGAAGGGAGCCUAAGCAACCCGGGCACUUUCAAACGCCGUAGCGGUUCCUAUAGCAACGACAAACCGGAAGUAUGGUUUGCCGCCGGAAGCGGAAGUCCCAAUCAAAAGUUGAGCAGUAGCUGUGUGGGACGUGCGUGCGGCGAGAUGGACACUCCCCCGCUCUCGGAUUCGGAGUCGGAAUCCGACGAAUCCCUUGUCACAGACAGAGAGUUGCAGGAUGCGUUUUCCCGAGGGCUUCUGAAGCCAGGCCUCAAUGUCGUGCUAGAGGGGCCGAAGAAGGCCGUGAACGACGUGAAUGGCCUGAAGCAAUGUUUGGCAGAAUUCAAGCGGGAUCUGGAAUGGGUUGAAAGGCUCGAUGUGACACUGGGUCCGGUACCGGAGAUCGGUGGAUCUGAGGCGCCAGCACCUCAGAACAAGGACCAGAAAGCUGUUGAUCCAGAAGACGACUUCCAGCGAGAGAUGAGCUUCUAUCGCCAAGCCCAGGCCGCAGUGCUUGCAGUCUUACCCCGCCUCCAUCAGCUCAAAGUCCCUACCAAGAGACCCACUGAUUAUUUUGCGGAAAUGGCCAAAUCUGAUCUGCAGAUGCAGAAGAUUCGACAGAAGCUGCAGACUAAACAGGCUGCCAUGGAGAGGUCUGAAAAGGCUAAGCAACUGCGAGCACUUAGGAAAUACGGGAAGAAGGUGCAAACGGAGGUUCUUCAGAAGAGGCAGCAGGAGAAAGCACAUAUGAUGAAUGCUAUUAAGAAAUAUCAGAAAGGCUUCUCUGAUAAACUGGAUUUCCUUGAGGGAGAUCAGAAACCUCUGGCACAGCGCAAGAAGGCAGGAGCCAAAGGCCAGCAGAUGAGGAAGGGGCCCAGUGCUAAACGACGGUAUAAAAACCAGAAGUUUGGUUUUGGUGGAAAGAAGAAAGGCUCGAAGUGGAACACUCGGGAGAGCUAUGAUGAUGUAUCUAGCUUCCGGGCCAAGACAGCUCAUGGCAGAGGCCUCAAGAGGCCUGGCAAGAAAGGAUCAAAUAAGAGACCUGGAAAACGAACAAGAGAUAAGAUGAAGAACAGAACACACUAAACAGCAUCUUUGAAUACAAAGAACCAAGAAAAAGGAAUGAAGACUCGCAAUUUCACGACACACUUUGAUCCCUUCUGUUGGUGUCAUGUUGUAAACAUUUCUUUCAAUAAACUAAAGAAAAAUUAUUAAAGGAA